UAGCUUCCUUCGACCAAGUAGCGAGAUAGUGCUGAUUAUGCGCCCGUCAUUCUCCAGCGCUGUCUACUUCAUCUUUCUUGCAAACUUGGGGUUCGCGCAUUCCGGAAGGCCGAUCAGGGCCCUAGCCUUCCGUAAAGGUAGCACUUUUUUUUAUCGGCUGAACUACAAGAUAAACUCACUCCCUUACACGACCAUCUUCGCGCAAGCGUCGGGCUUUAAGACAACAUGGCCACUGCCGACCACCGGCGACUCUCGCAACAUCCGGUCCGUACCUGAAAUUCACGAGCGCGCCGAGCUCGUAUACGAAAGUCAUGGUUUCAAUGGUCGUUCUUGCUUGCUGAAGAAUGUCUGUCAAACAUUACAAUACGCGAAACAGCAGGACGGCGUUAUAGGAAAGAUAUUAAAAUUAUUCGCGAGGUCGUACAUUGAUAAUGAUACUUGGCACGAAGAUCCGCUAUUCUGUGAGCGUCAUUCCAAGAAUUGCCCUCUGGAAUUAAUCGGAUUUAAUAGUUUUACGGAAAGCUAAACAUUUCUCGGAGUAUCAGAGAGCGC